AGAGUGGCUACAUAUGUCAAGAGGUUGUAAGGUACUUCAAUCAUUUGGUCAUCAGGUAGUUGGUGUCCAUACCACUGAAACAAUGCAUCGAGCUCUGCCCAUAUAUCUAAGUGUCUUUUUGAUGAGCUCUGUCUUUGCUGGAGGUUCCUGGUGUGCCAACACGGCAAGAGCCCGAGCAGCUGCCCUGGGUUUGGACCUCCCUAGGACCCAGUUUGUCCCUUACUAUCUUCGACCAACACGCCAUAGAAGUUUUGAUCCCAUAGAAACCCACUAUGAAAAUAAUUAUGGCCCCAAAGAGGCUGAGUUUGAGCCUAUCCUUCUGCACAAUGGUAAAAUUCAAAGGGAUGGAUAUCCAAGUGACUGGGCCUAUGGACAAGUCUUCCCCAGAGGCUUUCAACCCAAACCGUCUACACUUAACUACCACGGUUCUGAUCCCAGUUUGGCUGACUCCUCUGUCAGCCAUUCUGUCUACACUCCCAAGGGACAAUUUGUUAGCAGCCACAAGCCCAACUUUGAGCAGGUCAAGAAUUCUGUGCCUCGACCAAAUGUAAUGGUAGCCCCUAGUCAGUUUGAGUACUCAGACAAAGUGGACAAUCGAGGCUACUAUAAGCCUGUUGUCGUUCAGCCAUUCGCCAGCAGACGUAGAACAGCCCAGAGUGUGGUUUCACGACCCCAGAGCAGAGGUGUUGUACCUUAUGGAAAAAGUAUCCUGUGGUCAUGGCCACAGUAGAGGCUUUUCCUCUAAAUCCGCUCCACCAUCCCAGAGUGUACUCAUCAGCACCCGAGCUAAGAAAAUUCUGUUCACAGGCCAUGGUGCUGUCCAUUCUGUGAUCAGAGAGCUGAAAUAUGAAGCAGUUUGAUGAAGUGCCAGAAAAAACAGGGAUCCGGUUGGUUAAGAUCCUAACGGACAAACUUUCCUUUGCAAACUACCUUUGUCUGAGGAGCCAACCAUACCAUUGGUGAGCAAAUCGGUGACAUUAUGCACUUUUCAAGGGCAAAACAUGUAAGCUGUGUUUGUAUUCCAGUACAUUUACUUAUCCUUGACAUCACUGUUCUGAAUAACUAUUUGGUUAUGGCUCUUCCCCCACUGUCCAGUGUUUAUCCUUCAAAUAAAAUGUCCAUUAUGUUUUGA